AUGGAGGGUAAAAAGAUAAAACCGAAUUUCACCUCGUUCGCCACUGUAAUUGCCGGUUUUUACAUGGAGGAGAAGCAUGGCGACGUGGGGAAGAUUAUGAACCUCAUGAAGAAACACAGGGUGAAGCCCGUGAUCCGUAUCUACAACUUGAGGAUAAAGAUCCUGUGCAAACUCGGGAGAUCGGAGGAGGCCAGGGCAUUGCUGGGUGAGUUCGUGUCCAAGGGGAUAAAGCCCAAUGGUGUGACCUACAGGAACUUGAUUUACGGGUUCUGUCGGGAAGGUAAAUUGGAAGUGGCAAAGGGCUUGUUUGAGGAGAUGGCCGGAAAAGGUUUGGAGCCGGAGCGUGUUUGCUAUUUCACGCUUGUACUUUUCUUGGUCAAAGGGGGUGAUUUUGAGGCGGCUCGAGAUGUGUGCAGAGAGUGCAUGGUGAAGGGUUGGGUGCCGUACAUGACGACCGUGAAGCCGCUUGUCUCCGGGCUUGUGGGGAUCAGGAAAGUGGACGAUGCCAGGGAGAUUAUCCGGCAUGUGAAGGAGAAGUUCCAGAGGAAUAGGGAUAAGUAG